UUAUUUCUUUUUUGACAUUAGAUUUGUUGAUGAUUUAAGUGGCUGUGGAGAAGAAGUAACUGAUUGUAGUGAUGACUAUCUUCUUGCUAAAAUGUUACAACUGGAAUUUGACAAAGAACAUGACAGUAUUUUGAAACAAGAGGAGUCAAAGUACAAUGGGAGUAGUAAAGUAAAAAUUUCAUAUGGCAAGUAUUUGCGACUUCCUGAUGCAAGUUUUUCUUCUGAUGAGGAGGAUGAUAAAGAUUAUUUUUUGGAGCAAAGUGCUAAAAGACAUUGGCAUAAUUUUGAACAAGCUGAGAAAGCCUUUCAGGCUGUUGGCAAAAGUGGAGUAUCCCGUCAAGGAAAUACCACAACAACCAAACACGAUCCUACUGUCUGUGGAAGGAGAAAUGCAGGAAAGCUUAUGGAGUUUCCACCUGGCAUAUUAACGGGUGAUGGAGGCAUGUUUGAUAUGAAGAUUUCUAACAAUGUGUAUAACAGUCUGAAAAUAUACUCUAUGGCUGAGGAUAAGAGAGGCCACAAGGUUCAUGAUAAGAAAGAAAAAUCAACUGCUGAAAAAGCUUUGGAUGAAAAGACUCAUUUAAUUUUGUACAAGUUAGUUAAUAAUCAAACAUUAGAGUCUUUGAAUGGCUGCUUUAGCACUGGAAAAGAAUCCUGUGUUUAUCAUGCUUGGAGUGCAUUACCAGAAGAAGAAUCACCAUCUCCAGAAUUUGCCAUUAAAGUAUUCAAAACAACCUUGAAUGAAUUUCAAAAUAGGGACCAGUACAUCAAGGAUGAUUAUCGUUUUAAAAAUCGUUUUGGGAAACAAAAUCCCAGGAAAAUCAUUCACAUGUGGGCUGAAAAGGAAAUGAGAAAUUUGUUGAGGAUGAAAGAGGCAAAUAUACCUUGUCCUGAUGUUGUGACUUUAAAAAAACACGUUUUAGUGAUGUCUUUUAUUGGGAAAGAAAUGAUACCUGCUCCAAAACUGAAGGAUGUAGAUUUACCAUUUGAAGAUAUGACUAUUAUGUAUGAGCAAACUUUAAAUAUUAUGAAAGACCUGUACUCAAAAUGCAAGUUAGUGCAUGCUGAUCUGAGUGAAUACAAUCUUUUGUGGCAUGAUGAUAAAACAUGGGUUAUAGAUGUUAGCCAAGCAGUUGAAAUUACUCAUCCUAGAGCUUUGGAAUUUUUGUUAAGAGAUUGCACAAAUAUAUCAACAUUUUUUGAAAAGAAAGGGGUUAUAAACGUAUUGAAGCCAGAAGAAAUGUUCACUGAAAUCUGUGGCCAAGUUCCUAAAAGAGAUCAAAAUGUGCCUUCUCAAAAUUAGGUACAUUUUCGGGUAUUUAUAUGCACUGCUGGUCCUUUUUUGCCAUUCAGAUGAAAGAAAAUGGAUAGGAAAGUUUAUCCGUCAAGGAAGCUUGAUUUUAAAAUAUCCAAACUGUGAUGUUCUUUUGUAGCCUUCAAUAAAGAUUAUUAUUUCAUUUUAUUUU